UCUUUCUUAACAAAUCAUUCAUUCGAAAUCAAGAAUUAUUAACAAAAAAAAUGGCGAAUUGUAUCAGAAGAAAUGCUCUUUUCUUUUUGACUCUUCUCUUUUUACUGUCAGUCUCCAACCUCGUUCAGGCUGCUCGUGGUGGUGGCAAACUCCAACCCCAACAAUGCAACUCAAAGUGUAGCUACCGUUGUUCAGCAACAUCACACAAGAAGCCAUGCAUGUUCUUUUGCCUCAAGUGUUGCAAAAAAUGUCUCUGUGUUCCUUCUGGUACUUACGGCAACAAACAAAGUUGUCCAUGUUACAACAACUGGAAGACUAAAGAAGGCGGCCCAAAAUGUCCUUAAGUAACACUUCUUAUUAGAUAUAUUUGAUAAUAUGGAUCAAGUUUUGUACCAUCAAUCACUUACUCUGUUUUGCUCUGUUUCUACAAGUUGGUAGAAUCUCUAUUUGUCUUUACACUUUUGUUUGUUAUGUCUUUUUUGCUCUCUAUAGUUGUGUUAAACGUGUAAGUUCGCCCCAUGUGUCAUGGAUUAUAGUAUCUUAGGUUACAUAUUUA